AUGCACGCACUGUGUGCGCUGGCGGGACUGUCGGCGCAGGGCUGGAGCAAGGGGAGCAGCAAGAGGAGCGGGAUGCAGGCUGCGGACGGCAUCCCUGCCCGCGGCGAGGAGGGCGAGCGCCGCGGCCUCGGGAGGUAUUUCUGUCGACCCGUGCGCGCCAUGCGGAGAGUGGCUCAUGGAGGAGGAUGCUUCCGAAAAAUGUGCCCGGGACCAGGGUUGGCCUGGAUGGGCCCGCAGAGGUGUCGCUGUGCUCGGGACCCCCGUGCCAUGAUCACAUCCCGCAAAACCUGGGAUCUGGGAGCCGUGCCCUCUGCGAGAGCCGCCUGGAAGACGAAGGACCUUGCCCCGGACGGCCGCGGGCAGGACACGCUCGUCACCGGGAGCGGAGCGGACGCCUCUCCCCAGGUUUCUCUGCUGCCUGCGCUGGUUCACCAUAAAAUCCUCAGCGUGAGCUGGCCGGACGCUGCAAAGCCCCGCGGGCUCUGCCUGGCUCUCCAGACACAGGCCCUGCGGGAGACGACGGGCGAGCGGCGGGAGGAGAGCCGGCACCGGGCCCCGCCACUGGCCACGGAGGAGCCGCCGGCAUCCCCCUGCAAGCCGGCAGCUGCCACACCGGUGCAGGCAGCCUCCACCAUGAACCUGGAGAAAGCAGGCGGGAGGCUCUGCGGUGGGAAACGCGCCAGCCUGCCGGCAGCCCGGCCCUUCCCGGUGAUCCAGAAGGUGAUGGCCUCCAUGGCGCAUCUACAGGAGGAGAAGCUGCGGCUGCAGGAGGAGCUGCUGGGGCUGCAGGAGAAGCUCGCUGCCCGGGAGAACGACGAGCUCUCCCGCUCUCUCCAGCUGCAAGGCCAGGUUGAAACUCUGAAGGCGAAGCUCCUGGAGCAGGCGCAGGAGAUCGGCCGGCUGCGCUCGGAGCUGGGCGGCACGGACGCGGAGAAGCACCGGGACCUGCUGGCAGCCGAGAACGAGCGCUUGCGGCAGGAGAUGAAGGCGUGCGAGGGGGAGCUGCGGGAGCUGCGGCGGCAGCAGCAGCAGGCCCCGUGCCGGGACUGCGCCCACCUCCAGGAGAACGCCGAGCUGCAGGAGCGGCUGUCCCAGCUGCAGCGGGAGGCGGAGGAGAUGCGGGCCAAGCUGGCGGAGCUGGACCUGGAGGUGCAGCAGAAGACAAACCGCUUGGCCGAGGUGGAGCUGCGGCUCAAGGACUCCCUGGCCGAGAGAGCCGAGGAGGAGGAGCGGCUCAGCCGGCGGCUGCGGGACAGCCAGGAGACCAUCGCCAGCCUCAAGUCCCAGCCCCAGCAGAUAAAGUACAUCAUCAAGACGGUGGAGGUGGAGUCAGCCAAGGCGAAGCAAGCCCUGUGCGAGAGCCAGUCCCGAAACCAGUACCUGCAGGAGCAGGUGGGGAUGCAGAGGCAGGUGCUGAAGGAGAUGGAGCAGCAGCUGCAGAGCUCCCAAAAGACGGCGGCUCAGCUCCGAGCUCAGAUCAUGAUGUACGAGGCCGAGCUGGAGCGAGCCCACGGGCAGAUGCUGGAGGAGAUGCAGGCGAUGGAGGAGGAGAAGAACCGCGCCAUUGAAGAGGCGUUUUCCCGCGCCCAAGUGGAGAUGAAGGCGGUGCAUGAAAACCUGGCGGGCGUCCGGACCAACCUGCUGACGCUGCAGCCGGCGCUGCGCACCCUCACCCACGACUACAACAGCCUGAAGCGUCAGGUCCGCGACUUCCCCCUGCUCCUCCAGGAGACCCUGCGGAGCGCCAGGGCCGAGAUCGGCCAGGCCAUCGAGGAGGUGCACAGCACCAACCGGGAGCUGCUGCGCAAGUACCGGCGGGAGCUGCAGCUCCGCAAGAAGUGUCACAACGAGCUGGUGCGGCUGAAAGGAAACAUCCGUGUUUUCGGGCGAGUCCGCCCCAUCACGAAGGAGGACGGCGAGGGCCCGGAUGCGGCCAACGCGGUGACCUUCGAUGCCGACGAUGACGCCGUCCUGCACCUCCUGCACAAGGGGAAGCAGGUGUCCUUCGAGCUGGAUAAGGUCUUCCCCCCACAAGCAUCCCAGGAGGAGGUGUUUCAGGAGGUUCAAGCCCUGGUCACCUCCUGCAUCGACGGCUACAACGUCUGCAUCUUCGCCUACGGGCAGACGGGGGCAGGAAAAACCUACACGAUGGAGGGAACGGCAGCAAACCCAGGGAUCAACCAGCGGGCCCUGCAGCUCCUCUUCUCCGAGGUGCGGGGCAAGGCAGCCGACUGGGACUACGCCAUCAGCGUCAGCGCCGCCGAGAUUUACAACGAGGCACUCAGGGACUUGCUGGGGAAGGAGCCACAGGAGAAACUGGAGAUCAAGCUGUGCCCCGACGGCAGCGGGCAGCUCUACGUGCCCGGGCUGACCGAGUUCAGGGUGCAGAGCGUGGAGGACAUCAACAAGGUCUUCGAGUUCGGCCACGUCAACCGGGCGACAGAGUGCACCAACCUGAACGAGCACAGCUCCCGCUCCCACGCCCUCCUCAUCGUCACCGUCCGCGGCCUCGACCGCAGCACUGGGCUCCGCACCACAGGGAAGCUGAACCUGGUGGACCUGGCGGGAUCGGAGCGGGUCGGGCGGUCGGGCGCGGAGGGCAGCCGGCUCCGCGAGGCGCAGCACAUCAACAAGUCCCUCUCGGCGCUGGGCGACGUCAUUUACGCCCUGCGCUCCCGGCAGGGCCACGUGCCCUUCCGCAACUCCAAGCUGACCUACCUGCUGCAGGACUCGCUCAGCGGCGACAGCAAGACCCUCAUGAUGGUGCAGGUCUCCCCCGCCGAGAAAAACACCAGCGAGACGCUGUGCUCCCUGAAGUUUGCCGAGAGGGUUCGCUCCGUGGAGCUGGGUCCUGUCUCCCGCAAGGCUGAGCUGGCGUCCUGGCCCAGCCAGGAGCAGCUGGAGGGUGACUCGCCGGGGACCGCAGCACCCUCCGGCCGGGGCCACGCAUCCCCCAGCCCGGGGCAGCUCUCCGGCCGUGCCGCCUCCAUCCGCAGGAAGCUCCAGACCUCAGGGAAGCUGAGGCCGGUCCCCGUGUGACGAGUGCCAGCCCCGGCACCAAACCCGCUGCAGGACCCGGCCCCUCACGGUGCUACAGGGAGCUGGCUGCUGGAAGACAUGAAGGCUUGGGUGCCAUCCCCUUGCCUGCCAGGACCCGUGACCAGAGGGUGACGGCACCUCUCACCAUGAGCAGCACGGGGACGGGGUCUCUCAGCAGCUGGACCCCCAUCUCAGACUGGGAUCUGCCCCCCUCAGAUGCUCAGCUCUGUGACUUUUUAUUUUUGCUGGAUGGUUGUUUUUAGCCAGAGCUGGGAGCUGCUGGGUGCUCCCGCUGUCUCUCCAGCUUUGUUUUUACGACAGUAGAGGUAUCUGGCUGGAGGGGGGGGCUCGGAGCCAGGCGAGCCCCUGGACAUGUCUCUGCCACCCCCACGGGGCCAGCCUGGCCGCGGCUCCCCCAAGACCUCAUCCAGGUAGCUGCCCCAUGUCUUGCAAAGCAGCGCUUCCUCCAUUUUAAGCCAGAAAAAAAUCCCAGCAGCUCCUUUCCCCGUAGGUUUCUCAAGUCCUGUUGUUUGCAUGAAGGCGCCUCGGUGCCGUGCAUGAGCCGAGCUGCCCGUCAUCGUGGUGCCGGUGCUGCCAGGGCCCCGCGGCGGCCGCCCCGGCACAGAGAGCCGUCGCGGGGCUGCCCGUGUUAACACGGCACCAGGGUGGAUUUAGCGGUCUCGAAUGAAGCUAUUGUAAAGUUAUUUACCAGUUGUCUUGUCAAGAGAGAUCACAGUGUGGUCGAGAUGGAAGUGUUUGAAAUAUUUAUACCCUGUUUACAUGAUCUUGGAAUGGAAAACAAGUGGAAAACAAACAAAAAAAACCCCAAACUUCCAGCCCGAAAGCCUGUUGGCUUAUAUUUUGGGACAGCGGCUGGCAGGGGGGUUGGAGGAGAUGGCACUGCCCCUUGCACCUCUGAGCACCCACCCGUGGGUCCGCUUCCUCCUGCUGCAAAUAACCGACUGGAUGCACUGAUGGCUCCUUCCCACCGCAGGCCUCUCCUCUUGCUCUUCCACAGCAUAUUCUAUUUAAAAAAAAAAAAAAAAGGGAAAAAUAAAUUUAGCCUUUUGUAAGUUUAGAUGUUUCUAUGUAUUUUAAUAAUUUAAAAAGAAAAAAAAAGCCUGUUUUGUAACAAAACUUAUUUUAAAUAAACUGUUA